AUGUACCAAGCAAGGGAAAUAAUGACUGUUAAUUUCUUGGAAAAAAGCUCUGUUAGAACCGUUAAAAUAAAAUUGCCCAAAACUUCAAUUAACUUUGAUGAAGGAGAACAACAAGUUAAGAAUUCAAGCCCAAAGUUUAACUACCCUUCGGUAUUUUUAGGGUUUUUGAACAAAAAGGAAAGUCGUCAAGCAAAAGUUAACCCUAUCACUGUCGAAGAUAUUCAAGAAUCGACGAAUAAAAGAAUCAGUGCACAGAGCAAAGACUCUCACAGCCCUGUAACAGUAAUUCGUACCACAGACUUAAUAUCUGAAACUUUAGAAAAUGAUAUUGGGCAACCUCUGAGAAGAGCAAGCAGGGAGGAAUACAGUGACGACGGUCAGUUGACCGGUAUUGUUGCUCACAAAAGCGAUAUGGACAAUCGAGAAGCAACAUCACUCCACCUAACACCGUCUGAUUCUAAUUUAUACGCUGCGUCUGCCAUAAAAAAGACAUCGAUAGAAUCUUCCAGUCCUUCCGCCACCCCGUAUAGUAAACAGAUAUCAAGGCUCUCCUUGCAACAGAGGUAUUCAUUGCUUACAAGCGAUGGAAGCAGUUGUGACCGCGAUGAUUUGAUAGACAUACUGACAUUACAAAAGCAGAAACUGGAGGAGAUAGAAAACAUAUUGGAGGUGAAAGAGAAUAGACUACGUCUGUGGGAGGAGGAGUUGGAAAGUCGCACCCUGGCAUUUGAAGCAAAAGAAGCAACCCACGGUAUGCGAUACAGUGAUGGUGGUACCACUGAAGAGGUAACUAACUGCACAAUGUCCAGUCCGAAUUUCGGUGUAACGGGAACAAAAAGCAAAAGUGGAUCCGCCUUCUUCUCUGAAGAUAGUGCCAUUCAACUACCCACUCAGAAAGAAAAGUUUUAUAACCUUGAAACGGCAAAAGUCGGGACUUACGAUCCAACUUUUUCUUGGAUUGGUGGUUACACGAACCCAUUGACUAUUUCCUCGGAACAGUUAAAUAUCCUUAACGAAAACAAGAACCUACUGGAAAAGAAUUUGUUUCUAUCCAAACAGUUAGAAUGUGUAGCUCGGUUGACUGGUGGGGUAUAUAAUGAUGAUGACAGUACAUUUGAGGAAUUGAAAAGAAAGUUAGUCGAUCUGUCUGAACAAUUCGGAAAGUUGAGUAAAGAGCUUUCAGAGGAGAAAUGGAAAAGAUUUCUUAUUGAAGAGCUGUUUUUGUUCUACGAAAACAAUGCAGGUCCCUCCAUCAAAGAACUUGUCUGGGUCAUCGCACAACUAAAAAUGAAACUGGAUCAGCCACAUCCCUGA